AUGGUCAACACACUCGUUGCCAUUUUUCUCUGCGGGCUCGCCCUCAUCGGCGCUGCUGAACCAAAAAACGAAGAUGUCCUGCAGGACCUACAACGCAUCGAUCAGAUCAGAUCCCUGGGACUUCAGUUUGCACAUUUUUUCCGGAAUGCCACCAUAACGGACUUGUCUUUGCCCGACCCUCGUGCACCAACUGCGCAGGAUUAUUUGUGCCUUCAGGAAUUGGCUGAUUUCUCGAUGGCUCUAAGCACUGGCCAAUACUGGGCUCUAAAAAUGAUCGACUCUUGGGGAUUUCUUCCCUCGGGUGUACUUACUGGAAACUUCUAUGAUUUGGGAAACUUUGACGAAUGCGUGAACAUCCAGGCCAAAGGUAUCCAGAGCAGUACAAUCCAUGGAAAGUACUGUUUUCUUACAGUUUCGCCUGGAGAAAUAUUAGGAAUAACUACUGGCGUUGCCAGGAGGUUGUCAGUAAAAACAGCAACGUGUUUCCCUUCAUCCUGUUCGGGGUCUCACAUGAAUCAGUUUAUCGCACAGAUUGUGGAGAGGGUUUUGAACUUGAAUAUCCCUUCUACCGCACUGAAGAUCAACGAUAGCGGUUGCCAGACAAAUGAGGUUGAACCCCUCGAUGGCCUCACCAUUUUCACAAUAGUUAUUUUAUCAGUUAUGGCUGCUGCCGUGCUUCUGUUCACGACUUACGACUAUUUGCUUUGCGAAAAUCAAAAUCAGCUACCCAUACUUGUUAAGAUGUUUUCGGCCAGAGCAAACGCCAGAGUCAUAUUCCGUAUCGUGGAUUCAAAAUCAAACCCAAACGUUAUCGAUUGUCUUCAUGGAAUUCGGUGCCUGUCACUCUUCUGGGUUGUGUAUAGCCAUGAUUAUAUUUAUUCUGCUAUUCUACCAAAUAUUAAUAUGUCCAGUGCACUCACUUGGAUGGAGCAACCAUUUUCCAGUUUUAUUUUGCAUGGAUUUUUCUCUGUGGACUCUUUCUUCUUUCUGGGCGGAAUGUUGUUGACCUUGAUAUCCCUACGAUCAAUGGAGAAGACUAAGGGAAAACUAAAUGUGCCUUUGAUGUACUUGCAUCGCCUGAUCCGUAUCGUUCCUAUUAUGGCCAUAGCCAUUCUAGUGUACGUGAAGAUUAUGCCCAUAGUUUCCGGUGGACCUCUUUUUAAAGGCGGCUAUUCUGGACGCGAAGGGUGUGAAAAGGGAUGGUACUGGAGCUUGUUGUUUGUUCAGAACUAUACCAACGAAAUCUGCCUAGGACAGACAUGGUAUUUGGCGGUAGAUAUGCAGUUGUUUUUAAUCUCGCCCAUCCUACUUAUCGCACUUUACAAAUGGGGCAAGAAGGCUGCUGGCGGUAUUUUCGUACUUAUGAUCCUGUUCUCAGGUUGUCUCUUUGCCACCCAAAUUGUCAACGACUAUCAUAUGUUGCUCAGGUAUACUAGUACAGAAGCAUCAAAAAAGCUUUAUUUUGCCACCCACACACACGCUGCUCCAUGGCUAAUUGGAUUUUUGUUCGGCUACUUCCUACAUUUGAAUCGAGGCAGGAAGUUCCAGCUAAGUAAGGUGGCCGUGUGGUCAGGAUGGGUUCUUUGCCUGGCCCUGAUCUUCACCUCGAUUUUCGCUCUCUACCCCGCUGGAAAGUGGGACGCUGAACCAUUGCCCCUCGUGGCAGAUGCUUCUUACUAUACUCUCACCCGAAUUGCCUGGCCUUUGACACUCUGUUGGGUCGUUUUUGCCUGUAUGCAGGGAUAUGGAGGCAUGGCCAAUAGCUUCCUUUCCUCGCCCGUAUGGCAGCCCCUCUCCAGGAUCUCCUACUCAGUCUACAUUUGGCAUAUGUUUGUCCAGGAAGUUAAUAACAGAAGCACCAGAACCAAUACUUAUUUCACCGAUUACCAAGUGAUGCUAAGAUUCUGGUCAGACCUGGGUAUCACCAUUAUCAUGGCCGUUAUCCUGUACCUUAUCAUAGAAGCGCCUUUUGGUGGAUUGGAAUAUUUCCUGAGGUCGCCAACUAAAAAAACUGGUCUCAGUAAAGAAGCUUCUCCUUCCAUUGCGACCCAGCAGACUGAUGUUAGCGAGAAGGAUCCCAGUAACCUCGAUCGGCCAACGAUUUUAGCUGUAUCGUCUAACACAGCAUAAGUUAAUAAUGAUUAGUUUUUACUUUUAUUUAUUUUGGAAUUUAAAUAGUUUAUAUUUGGUUAUUAGUAAUUUUAAGUGAAAGUCUCAACUCAAAUAAUUAAAUGCAUAUAAAGAUCAAAAA